CAAAAUUAAAAUGUCGACACUAAGCAACGUUGUUUAUUAUUUCCACUCACAAGUUUUCAAAAUUCAAGUCGGUCUUUAAUUUUUUUUUUUUGAAGAUAGAAAUUAAACUGAGAGUGAUUUUCAAAAUCAGAUGUAACAAAGAAAGCGUUACUUGACUAUUUUCUUGCGUAAAAAAAUCAAAUGUAACAGAAAAACUUUAGAAAGUUUCAGUGGAUAUUCUCAAGAUGACGAUACGCGAUACAACUUUUCUAACAGAAGUAAUGGACACCAUUGCUAGUUUCAAGGACUCGAAAGGUUCACCUCCCGAUAAGAUACUCGAUCGUAUCAUUUCGCAGAGGAAAACUCCAUUGAAGAACCCAUCUUUGCGCGUUAAGAAGGCUCUAAAAAACGGUUUGGAAAGCGGUCUUUUGAAAGAAAUUAAUGGGAAAUUCAAAUUAGGUCUCGGUUCAAAAGACUAUGCCAUAUUUAAAAAUUUCAGAACGCUAGGAGGCAGAGAUCUCCCGUUCAAAGAAUUUCGCAGGAGAGGUAGACGUCGACCAAGUAGACGCCGUAGACGUAGUAAGAGAAGACGUAGAAGUGAAUUUUUCGACGUGGACGAUAUUGUACUCAACCCAGAAACUCACGAAGGUUCGCCUUUUCUAAAAUUGACUACGAGCUCCAUACUGCCGAUUAAGGAAAUCCGCGGACGCGGACGUCGUAGUAGGAGUAGAAGGAGACGUAGUAGACGAAGAGGAAGAAGACGAAGUGAUGCUUUGAUUGAUAGCGAGAUAACUGCUGAAUUGAUGGAUCGAAGUAGACGGAGGCGCCGGAAGGCGAGAAGGCGAAAACGUCGCGGACGACGACGGGCAUUGGAUGAUAGAGAAGAAAGCGCUAGGAGUUCGGAUUCUGGAAAAAUUUCGAAAGCGUCGUCAGAAGAGAAGCCAAAAUCUGCUAAAAGUGGAAAUGGUGAUAGAAAUACACUCGAAAAACGAGAUAUAGUUGCAGAACCGGAAGGAAAUCGAAUCAACGAGAACGUAAGCGGCCAUUGCAUUCACGGUUUUCAUCACGAUGACGGUCAUUAUGGACAUUCGCCACAUUUCGAAAGGGAAUACUAUGAUUAGUUUAUGGAAAAGGUUCUUGUAAUGAUGCUUACGUGAUGUGGUGCUUAUUAAUUAUUAAAAGUAUAUUGACAUU